UGCGCAGGCGCCCUUGAACAGAUCGCUUGGUUAGUCUGUGAACGCAGUCCUGCGUGUCCUAGUUGCCUAGGCCGCUCUGCUCUUUCUGACAGGUGUUCCAAGGAGUGAGGGCAGCCUCUGCGCGAGGAACAGGGACUACGGACUUUGGACUGGUCAGCGCCAUGGGCAGCAGCUGCCGAAUCGAAUGCAUAUUUUUCAGCGAGUUCCAUCCCACGCUGGGACCCAAGAUCACCUAUCAGGUCCCUGAAGAUUUCAUCUCCCGGGAGUUGUUUGACACUGUCCAAGUGUAUAUCAUCACCAAGCCAGAGCUACAGAACAAGCUCAUCACUGUCACAGCCAUGGAAAAGAAGCUGAUUGGCUGCCCCGUGUGCAUUGAACACAAGAAGUACAGCCGUAAUGCCCUCCUCUUCAACCUGGGUUUCGUGUGUGAUGCUCAGGCUAAAACCUGUGCCCUCGAACCCAUUGUUAAAAAGUUGGCUGGCUACCUGACCACACUGGAGCUCGAGAGCAGCUUCGUGUCCACAGAGGAGAGCAAGCAGAAGUUGGUGCCCAUCAUGACCAUCUUACUGGAGGAGCUAAAUGCCUCUGGCCGGUGCACUCUGCCCAUUGAUGAGUCCAACACCAUCCACCUGAAGGUGAUUGAGCAGCGGCCAGACCCUCCUGUGGCCCAGGAGUAUGAUGUGCCUGUCUUUACCAAGGACAAGGAGGAUUUCUUCAACUCACAGUGGGACCUCACCACACAGCAGAUUCUUCCCUACAUUGAUGGAUUCCGCCAUGUCCAGAAGAUUUCUGCCGAGGCAGACGUGGAGCUCAACCUGGUGCGCAUCGCCAUUCAGAACCUGCUGUACUAUGGUGUGGUGACCCUGGUGUCCAUCCUCCAGUACUCCAAUGUGUACUGCCCAACACCCAAGGUCCAGGACCUGGUAGAUGACAAAGCCCUGCAGGAGGCAUGUCUGUCCUAUGUGACCAAGCAAGGGCACAAAAGGGCCAGUCUCCGGGAUGUAUUCCAACUGUACUGCAGCCUGAGCCCGGGCACCACGGUGCGAGACCUCAUCGGCCGCCACCCCCAGCAGUUGCAGCAUGUUGAUGAAAGGAAGCUGAUCCAGUUUGGGCUUAUGAAGAACCUCAUCCGAAGACUACAGAAGUAUCCAUUGCGGGUUUCCCGGGAGGAGCGGAGCCACCCUGCCCGGCUUUACACAGGCUGCCACAGCUACGAUGAGAUCUGCUGCAAGACAGGUAUGAGCUACCACGAGCUGGACGAGCGGCUAGAAAAUGACCCCAACAUUAUCAUCUGCUGGAAGUGAGGCUGCCUGGCUUGAGCAUGUUGUUAUGGUUACUUCCUCCGGCUCCACGCUGCCUAGUACGGUGGAGCCUGCAUUAGCCGGUAUUGUCUGGAGAUCGACCCUCAGUUUCUGUAAAUAAAGUCAUCCCUUUCAACCUA